UAGAAUUCUAAGAAGGUAUAGGAUUGUUGGCUGGUGAAGGUCGUUUGAUCUAAUCAGAGCCGUACAAAUGUAGCAAACGUGGCUUUAUAAUAAUGAAGCCACGUAAAGCUGACGUGGUAGUGGUCGACGUAUCUUCUUAUCAUUUCCUCGAACAGAAGAGACAAGAACCGAUUGGGAAAGAUUCUUACCGUCCCGCUCUCUCCUCUUCUUUUGUCUGAUAGACCCCAAAUCAAGGCAGAAUAUCCAGAAAGAAAAAAAAAAGAGCUCAAAAACCCUAAAGUCUGAAUAAUAAUUAUAGAAACGAAACGACUAUAGAUUCUAGAAGAACGAUCUGAAGCUUGAAGUUAGCUCAUUUCUAGGUGUUUAGACAAAACUGGGUGAGGAAAUCUUGCAAGUAUGUCGAGCAAAACACCACGGGAUGUCCUAGAAGGUCUGGUUAAAGAUACCUCGCUCAAAUGGUUGCUUGGGAAGCAAACUUCUCUGGAUGAUGAAAUCGAGGAGAUUGAGAAUUCUCCUUCCGCUGGAUCGAACUGGAUACCUGAGCUUUCUCCAGUGGCAAACGUGGUUAUCCGCAGGUGUUCAAAAAUACUUGGCGUCUCUGUAAACGAGUUGCAAGAUAGUUUCAAACAAGAGGCGUCUGGAUCUGUGAAGCAGCCGUCAAUGUUUCCGCGGAACUUUCUAGAGUACUGCUGUUUCAGGGCACUUGCUCUCUCUGUGGGAGUGACAGGUCAUCUAAGUGAUAAGACGUUUCGGCGUUUAACUUUCGACAUGAUGGUUGCUUGGGAGGUCCCUUCCGCUGCUAGGCAGUCAUUGCUCAGUGUUGAUGGGGAUCCAACCGUCGGUUUAGAAGCCUUUUCCCGGAUUGCUCCAGCUGUUCCGAUAAUAGCUGAUGUCAUCAUAUGCGAAAACUUGUUCCGGGUGCUGGCUUCUUCAUCAAAUGGUCUUCGGCUUCAUUUCUCUGUUUAUGACAAGUACUUGUAUGGACUUGAAAGAGCAAUAAAGAAGAUGAAGAGCCAGUCCGAGUCAUCUCUUCUUUCUUAUGUUCGAUCAAAAGGAGAAAAGAUUCUUGAGAUCGACGGGACAGUUACUACACAACCAGUUCUUGAACAUAUUGGAAUGUCUACAUGGCCAGGUCGCUUGAUUCUGACUGACCAUGCUCUCUAUUUUGAGGCUAUAAAGGUUGUCUCUUUCGACGCACCAAAGCGUUAUAGCUUAUCUGAAGAUCUGAAACAAGUCAUUAAACCCGAACUAACCGGUCCUUGGGGGACUCGGCUUUUCGAUAAGGCAGUCUCUUACAAAUCUACUUCCCUACCAGAACCAGUAGUGAUGGAGUUCCCGGAGCUCAAGGGCCACACACGAAGAGAUUACUGGCUCGCCAUAAUCAGAGAGGUGUUGUAUGUUCACCGGUACAUGAACAAGUUCAAGAUCGUCACAGGUGUGGCAAAAGAUGAAUCCAUCUCAAAAGCAGUGCUUGGCAUUUUACGCGUGCAAGCCAUUCAAGAACUCGGUUUAACAAACCCAGUGCGUUACGAGAACCUUCUCCCCUUCAAUCUCUGUGAUCAGCUUCCUGGUGGAGAUCAUAUUCUUCAGACGCUUGCAGAGAUGUCGAGCUCCAGAGUGCUUGACCGGACAAACAAAGCCAAAGAAGGGACACUCUACUCUAUCUCGGCCUCGGAUAUGGUUUCGCAAUUGGGUUUGGUGUUUGGAACAAGCCCAAGGAGUAGUAGUCUUGUGGUAGGUGAAGUUGUGGUUGGAGAUGUGAAUCCAUUGGAGAAAGCAGUUAAGCAAUCAAGAAAGAACUAUGAGAAAGUAGUUUUAGCGCAAGAGACGGUUAAUGGAGUCAAAGUUGAUGGAAUCGACACCAAUUUAGCUGUGAUGAAGGAGUUGCUACUUCCAGUAAUGGAAAUGGGGAACUGGCUUUUGUCGUUAGCGUAUUGGGACGAUCCAUUGAAGUCUUUUGUCUUCUGUCUCUUCUCAACGUUCAUAAUUUACAGGGGAUGGGUUGGCUAUGUUUUCGCGUUUGCGUCUCUCUUCAUAGCGGGUUUCAUACUUCUCACAAGAUGUUUCAGCAAAAGAGAGAAAGUAAUGAUCGAGCUGAAAGUUAUGGCGCCUCCUCCUAUGAACACCAUGGAACAGCUUUUAGCAGUUCAAAACGCUAUUUCCCAGCUAGAACAGUUAGUCCAGGAUGCAAACAUUGUUCUCCUCAAGCUCCGAGCUUUACUACUCUCUCUUUUCCCACAGGCAAGUGAGAAGUUUGCGGUUGCUAUAGUGGUCGCUACGACUAUGAUGGUACUGUUGUCUUGGAACAGCUUAAUCAUGGUGGUGUUUCUUGAGCUGUUCACAAGAUAUUCACCUCCGCGGAGAGCAAGCACAGAGAGACUGAUGCGGCGGCUUAGAGAGUGGUGGUUCAGCAUUCCUGCCGCUCCUGUGAUUCUCGAACAACAGAACAAAGAUGAUAACAAGAAAACCAAGUAGACGAAUCAACUGUGUAGAAAAGUGUUUCGUUUAAUAGUGAUGUAAAUAUUAUAGAGAAAGUACUAAACAGUGGUAAAAUCAUCUUGCAAAAUUAACCA